GUGCCAAAGAUACUCCAUGUGUCCAGCCUGUGCGUAAGGAGUGAGAUAAAUCCUCUGAGAUUGAUUGACAGCGCUGUCAUGACAACCUCCCAUCAGCUAAGGGUGUCCAAUGAGGAAUCAAGUCCAGGAUCCCUCCCUGACUCCCAGGUGAGCUAAAGAGUCGGGCACCAGCACAUUUCUGUCAGUCAGUUCGAGAAACCGCUUUUCAUCUUAUCUUUUGGCUCCACUUUGCCAUCCAGAUGGUUUUCAGGUCGCCGCUCGACUUUUUCUCAGCCUCUCACCUCCUUCUGCCGCACUUUGCGGAUGCCUCCUCUGUUCUAUCUCGUUCCCGAUCACCGGAGGACCCUCCCACCGCCUGCCCUCCCCUGGCUCUCCCGGGACUUUGCUUCUCUGCCGCGCAGAUCGCCAGCGUGUGCGAGACGCUGGAGGAGACCGGGGACAUCGAGAGGUUAGCCCGCUUCCUCUGGUCACUCCCGGUGACCUCGGACGGCCGUGAUUCCAUCUCCGAGCACGAAUCCGUGCAGCGAGCUCGCGCCGUCGUGGCCUAUCACACGGGAAGUUUUCGCGAGCUUUAUCGCAUCCUGGAAACGCAUCGCUUUACGCGCGCCUCGCACGGUAAACUUCAGGCGAUGUGGCUCGAGGCUCACUACCGGGAGGCAGAGAAGCUCCGAGGGAGACCCCUCGGACCCGUGGACAAGUAUCGCGUCAGGAAGAAGUUCCCGUUACCGAGGACCAUCUGGGACGGGGAGCAGAAGACGCACUGCUUCAAGGAGCGCACGCGGGGGCUGCUGAGAGAGUGGUAUCUGCAAGACCCAUACCCCAACCCGGGGAAAAAGCGCGAGCUGGCACAUGCCACCGGACUGACACCGACGCAAGUAGGGAACUGGUUCAAAAACCGGAGACAGAGGGAUCGUGCUGCGGCAGCGAAAAACAGGUUGCAGCACCACCGCACAUGUCCAGAUGCUUCCCGUGCAUUGGGCAGAGGAGACUGCAGUCUAGACGGCAGCGCAGAGCGCGCUGAUGGGGAAACUUUCCUAUCUGUAACGGACAGUGACUCUGACUUGGAUGUGUGAAACCUUUGGUCGAGGAGGUGGACUUUUAAAGGCCUGUGAGGGUCCGGGUUUGCAAACAAAAGUAUGUAUAUUCGAGACAUUACAUAGAUUAUUCCUAAAUACCACCACAGUCGAACACCCAGCACGCCCCAACGACCUAAUUAGACAAAUGCCAAAUUGUGGAAUCUUGUUGGACUCGAAUCUACGGACCACCACAGAGCGGGACCUUUGCAGACUGAAACCUGCCACUGAGCAAAUCACUCUUACUUUCUAUAGUUAUGUGUCACCUUUUAAAAUCAAUCUAGCUGUUCCUUUAGAGACUCUUGCAGUGAACUUUGGAUGUGCUCUGCCCAGACAAUCAAUCUCCCUCCAGCUUGUCUACACUGUAUGUUUUUUUUUAAAAUUCUCUGUCUGUUUGCUCUCACCUCAGUUUUAUUUAAAGUUCACUGUGCAGUUUGUGUCAAUCAGUGUCAUGCGAUGUGUUCAAUUUGAUGCUGAAUAAAUGCUUUCGUAUUUUAUAUUAAAAA